AUCCAACCAAAGAUCAGCGUUCAGCUUUAGUGGCAGCUUCUUGAUCGAGUAACCUGUUAUCUAUAGUAGGCACAAUGACCAGCUCGCCCCCAUAUUCGUUCCUAGAAGUCGUCGGCAUCUGCGACAACUACCAACUCGACCUGACCGACUCCCCAAACGCUUACGAUCGCGAACCGCUCGUCCCAUGGAAACUCUCCCCCUCCCUAGACAGCCCCGUCAUCGGCCUCCUCCGCCCACAGAUGAUAACCCAGCUCCAGCUCGAGAAUACGCGCAGCGUCGACGCCGGAGCCCCGCCCACGUGGUUCUUCGGGCCCAACAAGCCCGGAGCGCGCAGCACGACGAUGGUCAGCUUCGCGACGCACCUGGACACGCCGCGCAAGCGCACGGCGGUGAUGGCAGAGCUCUGCGAGCGCUGGCGCGACACGGGCCUGUUCGCGGACGUCAUCGGCCCCGCCAAGUGGCGCGCGGAGAUGUAUCCCGUGUAUCGCAACCCGUUUGGCGCGCACCGCGCGUACGAGCAGCACGCGGAGGAUGUGGACAGGGAUGCGGCGAACUUUGCGUUUGAGAUGGAGCGCGCCGCGGCGGCGCUGUUUGGGGUGGUGACGUAUGGUGUGCAUAUGACGGUGUAUGAGGAGGGGAAGGACGGCGGGGAGGUGAUGACUUGGAUACCGACAAGGGCGAAGACGAAGCAGACAUGGCCGGGAUAUCUGGAUAACACCGUUGCGGGCGGUAUACCCAGCGGAAUGCCCAUAUUUGAGAGUAUCGUCAAAGAGUCCAUGGAAGAGGCCAGCAUCGAGGAGUCAGUCAUACGCAAGUACGCCAGGUCAGUCGGUUCUACAAGCUACUUCCAUAGAACAACGAAAGGAUGGCUGCAACCCGAAGUAGAAUAUGUCUACGAUCUUCGGAUUCCCGCCGACAUCGAGGACAAAACACCCUUCAAACCUAAGCCACUGGAUGGCGAAGUCGAGUCCUUUGACCUCCUGCCUCUCUCAGAGGUCGUUAUACGCAUGAAACAAGGGCUCUUUAAGGCCAACUGCGCAGUGGUCCUCAUUGACUUCAUGAUUCGCCACGGAUACCUGAACCCGGACAACGAACCUAGACUCAUGGAGAUCUUGCCUAGAUUGCACGGAAAGUUUGACUAUGACCGGUGGUGAUUGAACUAGUGAAAGACAAGGAUUCGAGACGAUGGUGUAUAUAUCUGUAUAUCUGGAUUUACCGAGGUGUUUGCUGUAUCAAUAACAUUGUACCUCG